AAGCCGGACAAACCUGAUUGUGGUAAUCCCGAUAGACCCGGACAACCUGAUUGUGGUCAACCAGAUAAACCCGACAAACCAGACAAGCCAGACAAACCAGACAAGCCAGACAGGCCGGACAAACCUGGUUGUGGUAAUCCAGAUAGGCCCGGACAACCCGAUUGUGGUCAACCAGAUAAACCCGACAAGCCAGACAAACCAGAUAAACCUGACAAGCCAGAUAAACCAGACAAGCCAGACAGACCGGACAAACCUGAUUGUGGUAAUCCAGAUAGGCCCGGACAACCCGAUUGUGGUCAACCAGACAAGCCAGACAAACCCGACAAGCCAGACAAACCCGAUAAACCGGACAAACCUGGCUGUGGAAAACCAGAUUGUGGAAAACCGGAUAAGCCAGACAAACCUGACAGACCCGAUAAACCCGACAAGCCCGACAAACCCGAUAAACCCGACAAGCCAGACCGACCUGACAAACCCGACAAGCCAGACAGACCAGAUAAACCCGACAAGCCAGACCGACCUGAUAAACCAGGAUGUGGAAGUGGUUGUGGAUGUAGUAGUUGUGGAUGUUACUAUGAGUUGUAG